GCCUUGCCGUCCCGCAUGUUCAGGACCAAACGCGCGGGCCUCGUCCGGAGACUCUGGCGGAGCCGCGCGCCCUGCGGGGAGGACGGCGGAGAGGUGGGCGAGGGCGCGGCGGACGGCAGGGCGCAUGGAGGAGGGGGCGGCCGGGGCUGCUGCCUGGGCAAGGCGGGCAAGCUGGCCAAGGCGACCCUGGGCUCGGAGGCGGACCUGAAGGCGCUCACCCACGCCGCGCUCAAGCGGCUCAAGGAGAGGCACCUGGAGGGCCUCCUGCAGGCCGUGGAGACGCGCGGCGCCGCGCGCACCGCCUGCCUCCUGCUGCCCGGCAAGGCGGACGCCAAGCUGGGCGCCCACUGGUACUCCCUGCCGCUGCUCCUCUGCAAGGUCUUCCGCUGGCCCGACCUGCGGCCCUGCUCGGAGGUCAAGCGCCUGGCGGGCUGCGAGUCCUACGGGAAGGCGCACCCGGAGCUGGUCUGCUGCAACCCCUACCACCUCAGCCGCCUCUGCGAACUAGAGUCUCCCCCUCCUCCUUACACCAGAUACCCAAUGGAUUUUCUCAAACCAACUGCAAGUUGUCCAGACUCUGUGCCUUCCUCCACUGAGACAGGGGGAACAAAUUAUCUGGCCCCUGCGGGGCUUUCAGAUUCCCAAGUUCUUCAAGAGCCGGGGGAUCCGUCACACUGGUGCGUGGUGGCAUACUGGGAAGAAAAGACACGUGUGGGUCGGCUAUAUUCUGUCCAAGAGCCCUCCCUGGAUAUCUUCUAUGAUCUACCUCAGGGGAACGGCUUCUGCCUCGGACAGCUCAACUCGGACAAUAAAAGCCAGCUGGUUCAGAAAGUCCGCAGCAAGAUCGGCUACGGCAUCCAGCUGACCAAGGAAGUCGACGGGGUUUGGGUUUAUAACCGCAGCAGUUACCCCAUUUUCAUCAAGUCGGCCACACUGGACAACCCCGACUCCAGGACGUUGCUGGUUCAUAAAGUGUUCCCAGGCUUCUCCAUCAAAGCGUUCGACUACGAGAAGGCGUACAGCUUGCAGCGGCCCAACGACCACGAGUUCAUGCAGCAGCCGUGGACUGGCUUCACCGUUCAGAUCAGUUUUGUGAAAGGCUGGGGCCAGUGCUAUACGAGGCAGUUCAUCAGCAGUUGCCCGUGCUGGUUGGAAGUUAUUUUUAAUAACCGAUGACUCGAGACUCUAGAACCCGGACUCUCAGCAAUGACAUUUUAUAACUACUUUGCUGCUAAAAUAUCUCCUUCUGAGUGCUUGCUUU